AUGGUAUCAGCAGACAAUCAAGAUCCUUCUUCAAUGGCUAGACCCACAACCCGUUCUCAGGAUGGCAUUCCCCCAUCUACUUCUGAGAACCAACACCCGGAGUCUAACCCUGACACUACUUCCGCACCUCCAUUAAUGGAUACCUCGAUCGCUACUCGACGGAACAACAAUCCAAGAUCUCGGAUCCAGCACGAACCAGAACCGAUCGCACCAGCAAACUCCUCUCCUGCACCUAUUGCUACUGAUCCUCCUGUUCAGGCUCGACGUUCUUUAGCCGAUCGAUUGGCUCAUGAAGAUGUAUCUAGCCCGUUCUUCCUCAGCAAUGCAGAUCACCCAGGAUUAGUCUUAGUUUCCACCGUGCUCAAUGGCACCAAUUACCAAUCUUGGAAACGAGGAAUUAUGAUGGCUCUCACGGCAAAGAACAAAUCUGCCUUCAUUGAUGGCUCUCUUCCUCGCCCAGUCGCUGGUAACACCCUUCUCCCUUCUUGGAUUCGUUGCAAUAACAUGGUCAUGUCUUGGCUUGUUAAUUCCGUUUCCCCCGAGAUAGCACAAAGUAUCAUGUACUUUGAUCUUGCUACCGAUAUGUGGCAUGAUUUGCAAGAAAGAUUCAAUGAGGGAAAUGGCCCUCGAAUCUUUCAACUUCAAACCCAAUUAACACAUCUUCAACAAGGUGAUCACUCCGUCACCUCUUACUUUACAAAGCUCAAAAUCCUUUGGGAUGAGCUAAAAGAAUUUCAACCCAACACUUCUUGCACUUGUGGUGCAAUGAAAGUUUUUUUAGAAUAUUACAACCGAAACCAGGUCCUACAGUUUCUUACUGGUUUAAAUGAGUCCUACGCUUCGGUUCGAGCUCAAAUUCUCCUCAAUGAACCCCUACCCAAUCUCUCAAGGGUAUUUGCCAUGAUUGUUCAAGAAGAGAGACAACGCACUCUUGGCUCUUCCACAGUUCCUUCAGCUGCCUCUGCCCGUGCGCUUUCAAACAAUCCUCCCCCAAAAUCCAAGAAGCCAAGACCCUCUUGCACUAAUUGUGGCAAGCCAGGUCACUAUGUGGAUAAAUGUUACUUCCUUCAUGGCUUUCCUCCCGGCUAUGGUGAUAAAAAGAAGCAAGAAAAGGCCAAACCCGCUGCCAAUCACACCAGCGCUAACUCCGAUGCUAUUCCCACUUCAACAUCCAACUCAGAUCUGAAUACACAAUGCCAACAACUCAUUUCCCUCCUCAGCCAACAAUUGACUCAAAAUGCUACCCGUGAGGACAUCAAUACUCUCCCAGCUGCUUCCAACAUGGCUGGCUCCUUCUCCGAGCAUGGUGAUUGGGACAGCUAAACGGCUUGGGAAACUCUAUGCAAUUCAACAAGAGCACAACCCCAUACUUCAGCCCAAUUGUUGUCUUUCCUUACAUAAUAAUGUAGAUCAAUGGCAUUCACGCCUUGGUCACCCUUCAAUGUAUAUUUCCAAUACAUUCAAUAAAAGAAUUAACUCUAGUUUUCCCA